ACCGCUUGUCGCUAUGACGGACAAAGACCAUGAAGGUCGCAUCGCCCAUAACUCAGUACCCUUGAUUCUGUCCCUCGUUACCCUACCUGUUGCCAUUGCUAUCUGGUUCAAUGCCGUCUCGAGUCAAGUCCGCGAGCCUUAUCUUGUUUUCCAUGUUGGGCAGGUCCAACAAUAUUGUCGCGGCAAUUACUGGCACUGGGAUCCUAAAAUAACCACCCCUCCCGGUCUUUAUAUCCUCUCUGUUUUGUUCUAUAAGAUCACUGGUCGUUGUGAUCUGGAUGCUCUGAGACUCGUCAACGCUCUUUCUCUUUUCGCUAUCUUUUUCUUCCUUUUACACACGGCUCCUCCUGUUUCACCGCGCUCUGCCAAACAACUGCCCGGUCAAAAGUCUACUCUUUUCCUUCCUCUGGCCAAUCUGUGCCCUCAACAGAUCCAUUCCGCUCUCAAUGUCUGUCUCUUCCCGCCUCUGUUCUUCUUCUGCGCCCUCUACUACACCGAUGUCGCUUCCACUCUGAGUGUCCUNCUUUUCACAAGACAUUUGAUUGAGAACAACUCUCGUGGUCCGAGUUCUUUCUUCCAGGCUUGCAUAUCCAUCAUUUUGGCCAUCGUUUCCCUCUCAUUCCGUCAGACCAACAUCUUCUGGGUUGGUGUUUUCCCCAUUGUUUUGCUGGCACUUGGCGCUUUGCACAAAGAUGUUGAAAGCGAAAGACCACCCGACGGCAAGUCUGUUGUUUUGCGGGCGUGGGCCGAUGCUACUUUCUACGACCCUCAAAUGCGUGAUUCUAUACUGGACGUGACAUUGGCUUUGCGUGCUUUGUGCUUUCCCCGGACACUUCUUCGGAUUGCAAGACUCGUGUGGCCUUAUGUGUUUGUUGUAGCCCUCUUCGCUUCUUUUGUUCUCUGGAACGGCGGAGUUAUGCUAUACAUCUGGGCUUACACCAGUUUCUUCUCUUUUGGCCUUACCUAUCCCUUCGUUGCACAAGGACUACUCUCCGUUUUUGCGUCUCUUCCGAUUGCGGCCAUAAUGGAGCCGCUUCUGAUUUUCAGCAGACGCAAAUUCCUACCUCGAUCUGUAGUACUCAUCGGCUUCAUAGCAGUCAUUGCUGUGACGGUGAGGUUCAACACCAUUGUACAUCCCUUCACACAAGCCGAUAACAGACAUUUUACCUUCUAUGUCUUCCGCUAUCUGCUCGCACACCCCGCUAUCAAGUAUCUCGCUAUACCGAUCUACAUGUCAUGCGCAUGGUCUGUCCUGCAAACACUCGGUGCGCCCGCCCAACUCUUCGAAAUCAAGGAAGACGAAAAGGACGAUGGUAAGGGCAUUGCAUCACAAAAGAAACCGACCGAUGGCGAAAACGACGAAAGAGGUCAGCUUCUCCGCCUGAACGAUGCGCCUUUUGGCGAGGGCUGCACUAUCAGUUUCGUUAUGGUAUGGAUCGGUGUGUCUGCCUUGCAACUCAUCACUGCACCUCUAGUGGAACCACGCUACUUCAUUCUGCCAUGGAUCAUGUGGCGAUUACGCGUUCCACAAGCACAUCCCGGCGCCUCACUAAUGGCAAGACCGACACACAAGAAUUGGAAACAAUGGUGGAAUGCAGAAAGACAGAAACGAGACAUUGAUCGCCAGAGCUGGAAAAACUGGUUCUACAUUGUUUUGUGGGCAGAGCACGAUCACAGACUCUAUUUGGAGACGAUAUGGUUUUGCAUCGUCAACGCAGGUGUGGGAUACAUUUUUUUGAAUUGGGGCUUCGAGUGGCCGCAGGAGCCUGGCAAGACACAGAGAUUCAUGUGG